CAACAGUUGCACAGCUUUCUUGCAGACAUGUUGUCCUUUGAAGUUUUCCUGUCCCUUCCGAUCUUGGUGGGAUGUAGAUUAGAAGAGCUCAAAGUGAGGCCUGGAGAAGAUUCCAUUCUUCAGUGUCAGAGUCCCAGAGGUGACGUCAUCAUCCUGCUGGAGUGGAGAAGAUCUGAUCUCAAGUCAGACACCUAUGUGUUCUUCUUCCGAAACCAGCGUCCAUAUGAAAACUACCAGCAUAAGUUCUUCAAAGGCCGAGUGGAGCUGAGAGAUCCAACCAUGAAGGACGGAGACGUUUCAGUGAUUCUGAAGAACGUCAGCACCAGCGACACGGGAACAUACGAGUGUGAGAUUACAGUCAGGAACACAGAAGGUGUCGUGACUGAGACUAAGCACUCUGUCAACCUCACAGUCACAACCUCAGGUUUCACAGAUGAAGACACCAAGGAUGGAGGAGACAAGGAUGGAAGAGACAGGGAUAAGUUGCUUCCUGUCAUAAUACUUUUUUUAGUUUUUGCUUUCGUUAUAAUAAUAAUUACUGUUAUUUGCAUAAGUAUCCACAGAAAACAGCAUAGAAAUUAUGUGUAGCUAACAACAAAUGUUAAACAGCUGAUGUAAAUGCCUGAGGUCUGCGUACUCCUGAAUGAUUGGAGGUCCUGCUGUUCCAUAAAAAUGUGAAUGUGUUUUAAAAGGUGUGAUUUUAUUAGAACUGCGUGCAGCAUCUCUCUUUUCUCACCUUUUAAUCACAGAUGAGACUUAAAUCUCUGUGUUAGUGAUCAGAAAAUAUCAACAAGGCUGCUGUGGAUACCAUUGUGCAUCUUGCACAUUAUUUUCUUUUCUUUUGUUCAAGGCUUUCUAUCCAUCCCUGGUGUUAGAUUACGAAAUUAAAAUUGUAAAUAAACGAACAAACGAAUGGAAAAACCUCUAUAAAUAUAAUUAAGAAAUCAUUUUCUUUACUAAAAAAAUAUAUAUAUUUGAAUUAAUAAUUAACACGAAUAAGAUCAUAUAAUCUAAUUUGAUUAUAGUAUAACUUAAUAUUUAUUUAAAAAUACAAGUCUUAAUAUGAAUGUGUUAUUACAGAAUUAUACAGUAUGAAUUAUGAAAUCGUCUAUGAUCUAUGAAAAAUAUCAAAACCUCUCUGCUCUGUGAAAACCUGUUAAUGCUCUCUGAGCAGGGACAAGCUGGCACCCCCUACAGUUUAGACUGAUCAGAUCAAAGAUCAGCAGCUAUGAAAUCACCUACUACCCAAUGAGUUUUUGCUGUCCCCUACCUGUCACAGGUAGGGGACAGCAAGAGGGUCUAAAGAGUUUUAAUAUGGGUCUGAUGUCUUUGUGUUUUCAUGAUCAGUUUCAGCAAUGAAUGUAAACUCUUAGAUGCAAUUUUGUAGCUUUAUUUUUUUUUUCUGUUGGCAGCAACAGAUGUUUGAAGUCUGUUUUUAUAUUUAAUCUUGACUCUCAAACACUUAAACAGCUGAAAGAAUAAAAUCUAAAACUGUCAGGAGCAGGUUAAGCCUGAACUUACUAAAUCCACGCAAUGGAGCACAAACUGUGUGUGGCAAUGUCACAGGAGUGUGUGUGUGUGUAGUCAUUUGGUGAUUUAUAAAUGUAAUUGUUCUAAUUCUAAUUUGUAGAAUCAGAGGAGUGUCAUCAUGGCUAAUGUGUGGCUUAACAAGCUGCUCAUAUAAAACGUGUUCCCCGAGCAGAGAAUCUAUAUCAGCAGAAAUGUAGUGCUUCCAGAUUAUUUGAAGCUGACAUCCAGAACAUAACGUCCUUGUGACAGUUUAAUUUUUUUUUAUCCUCUCCCCUGGAUUUUAAAUAAAACAACAGAAUCCAAAUCCAAAUUUGAUAUGAAGCCAGUAAGUAUUGUGCAGGUGUCCUGUUUUUGUUUAAGAUGUUAAUGCUUAUAGAACAAUAAAAAGAUGUAAAAUUUUAAAGUUGUUUGCUGCAAAAAGAAAAAAAAAGAUCAACAAGUAAAGUUGAGUUUAAGAAUUUAAAUUUAUUGCUGAUGCUCAUUGUUACCAUGGCGAUUUACUCCAGUAAGAAGCGAGCCACCCAUGUAGUACAGAAAACCCAGGUUGACUCUGAAGUUACCUGAAUAUAAGGCAAAAUCCUGCCUUGCAUGUUUGCUCCUCACUUUGUGGCCUUCAGAGUUUGAAACACAACCUGCAAGCAUUUUAUUUUUAUUUUAUUUUAUUUUUUUGUCUUUGUAAUUAAAAUGUUGAUGUUUCACUACAUUGUUGUUUCCGUGUUAAACUUCUCUGUUGAUCAGUGGUGGGGUGGUGGCCAUUUAUCAUCCUUUUGAUUGUCAGGACAUUUAUGGACCACGUUUUUUUAAUGGCCAACAAACCUCCCUGACAAAUAUCAAGCACAGAGUGACAUGUAAGAUUGGACUUGUGUGUCACAAUGUAAUGUAUCAUAGAGUAAUGCUGUGAUGAUUGUAGCAUCUGUAUGUUUGUAUGUUUGAGGGGUUGAUAAUGUGAUUGUUUUAGUAAAGAUGUUUUUAUCCUUUUAUCUUUUGUGCAUUUGUCUUAAGUAACUUUUAAAAAGUUAAAAAUGGUUUCAUAAUUAUAGGGGACAAAAGCCUGAUUUAAACCUGAUUUUGUCAUAAGGUCAAUCUGUUUUCUUACCACGUUAAUUACACCCUGCAUGGUCUGUUCCUCACUCCUAGUGUGCAGUGGCCCGCAAGCCAACCUGAUAAGUUCGAUAAAUGUGUUUUUAUAAUAAAUAAAAAAUGUAGCUUUAAUUAAAAUCUUUUUUUAAGAUAUGUGAUUAAAAAUUAAGGUUUUGUUAAAAGUGGUAUAAAGUGCAAAGUUUGUUUGAGGUAGAAUUUGUGAUGGUCACAUGACCACAGUUAGCUGAGAGCACAACCCUGGCAUUGUGGGCGAGAACUAGCGUGGAUACAGAGCUACAUGCGGCUACAGCCGCAACAGUAAUGCUAUUCUGCAUGUGGUCUAAGAGGCACACACAGUAAUGAUUUUCAUGUAUGUUGUAUAUAAAGUUUCUAAUUUUCAUUAGAAAUAUGAGGAUACUUUUAGUAAUAUCUUUUAUUUUUGUAUUUUUCUGUUAUGCCAGCUCAAGACUGCUUACAGACUGUGAAAAGGUCUGAGAUAUUUUCUUUGUGAACUUUGUGUUUUCUUUAGUUUUCAUGCUGUCGAAAAUAGUAGUAGUUGAUGAGUCCAAGUGUGAGAAGAAAGGAGAUGUGCUGCCACCUCCUGGCUGUAGUUGAAAAGUGGACAUUUUAUUCUCUUAUUCUCUUGAAUUGAUCAACAUUAAUCAUAUUCUACAAAAAAUAUGUUUAGACAAAAAAAAAAAAGAAAUUUUGUCUAUUAAUGUAGAUUUUCCUUUCUCCUCUUGAACUUUGACAAAGACAGAAAUGAUCACCAUCUGUUUUUAGCCUCUGAUGUACCCGCAGUCCUAACCCUGUGACAU